CUAGACAUCAUUACUUGUGCAUUCUGAGAUUAUGACCAAAUUUGCAGUCAACCAAAUUAAGUAAACAAGUAAACUCCAAACUAACUAAUAGUUGCUAAUCCCCAAAUGUACAAUGUAUGCUCUAAUUUAAGAUUUUUUUUUUGCUGAGCACAUGCAGCAUUUCCUGGCUGUUAUUCAUUGUGACAUCCUGGAGGGAGGAGCUGAUAAAGCUUCAAGUGAAACGAGAGUUAACUAAAAGACAUGAAAGUGUCGGGUGUAGAGGGGAACGGUAACGCAGGUUUUGCAGUAUAUCUCCAAUAAGAAAGUGAAGUAAAUUUAUUGGGUUUUAGAAGUAAAGCAGCAUGCUAUUACUACAAUUUCUGUAGGAAAUUUUAUCGGUUGAGUGUUUUUACUGAGAACUGUUUUCAUGGCGGAUGCUCUGUCCUUCCUGGAAGAGGAUUUCACAUGCCUCAUCUGUUGUGAUACCUUCACCGAUCCGGUUACUCUGAAAUGUAGCCACAGUUUGUGUGAGGAAUGUCUCCAGCGUUUCUGGAGAACUCAGGACGUGCCGCAGUGUCCGGUCUGUCGGAAGAAAUGCUCACAAGACGAGCCCACCAAGAGCCUGGCGUUCAGAGCGCUCUGUGAGUCCUUCAAGAAGAGAAAACCCACAGCUGUUUCAGGAGAUGUUUGUCCAGAACAUAAAGAGGCUCUCAAACUCUUCUGCUUUGUGGACAAGCAGCCCAUCUGUGUCGUCUGUUACACAUCAAAGAAGCAUGAAAAUCACAAGUGUUCUCCUCUCGAGGAGGCUGCAGGGAACUUAAAGGGAGACCUCAAGAAACAGAUGGACAGACUGCAGGAGACCCUUGAUAAGCUCAAGAAAUCCAGUGAGAGCUGCAUCAAACAGGCUGAGCUCAGUAAGGAACACACUAGUGUGGAUGAAAACCAGAUCAAGAAGGAAUUCGAGAAGCUCCAUCAGUUUCUAAGAGAUGAGGAGGAAAAACAGAUCAGAUCCUUACGUAAAGAAAAGAAACUUCAAGAUGAGAAACUCAAGGCCAGAAUGAAGGAGUUGUCCAAACAGAUUUCAGAUCUGUCUGAGAAUAUGGCAGCCAUCUGGCAGGACAUGGAAGCUGAAAACAUCACAUUUCUCCAGAAUUACAAGGAUUCAUUAAAAAAACUCAAACGGCCAUCAGUACCAAACACAACCCCUGAACAAGAAGUAAAUAAGCACCAUCAUAUUCAGACAAUGAUCUUCACUACCUGGGCCAGAAUGCAGAACCUUGUGGAAAAGUCUCCUGUGACUCUGGAUCCAGACACAGCCUCCGAUAGACUGCAGGUGUCACAGGAUUGCACCAGUGUUGAGUACAAAAAAAAGAAAAUACAUGUGUCUGAUAACCCAAAGAGGCUGUAUGUGGGAGUGCUGGCCUCACAGGGCUUCAGCUCAGGUGUGCACUGCUGGGACGUAGAGGUAAGAAACAACAACAACUGGACACUGGGAGUGGUGGGGGAAACGGUGAACCGCAAAUAUCUUUACAAAAUGGAUCCAAAGAGUCGUUUUUGGUGUUUUCGUUAUGUGGAUUAUGAAUACAAGAAAGGAAAUAAACCUGUCAGCCAUAUUAAUAGCAAUGAGAAGCCAAAUGUCAUCAGACUGCACCUGGACUUUGAAAAAGGAGAGCUGAGAUUCAUUGACCCGUUCAGAAACAGAAGUUUGUGCACCUACACGGGUGGAUUUCCAGAGAAGGUGUUCCCAUAUUUCUGUACUGGAGAUGUGGACAAGCCACUUAAUGUUUUUGCAGCAAAAAAACAAAACUUAUAAACAACUUUUUUGUUACAAAUGUUGUGUUUUCUGCAUGUGCCAAGAAAAUAAUCAAAUGCAUUGACUUUCAUGCAGUGUGGCUUGGGGCCAGUCAAGCUACUGUAUGUGACUGUUUAAUCAUGCAGUGCACAUAUUGUGAUGCAUUAAUAGUUAAUGAAGCCAAUUUUUAAUGUGAUUAUCAACAUAAAAAAGCAGUAAAGACUAUUUGGUGUACCAAUUUGAUAUUGAAAUUCAAGUAAAACCAAAGUCUCUUUAAGACAAGUCAUGCCACUCGGCGGCCAUCUUUAAAACGCCUCUGGGGCAUGCAAGUGCAGCUCCUAUCUCUUUUUUGUUUUUGUUUUUUUACAGAUUUUAAAACAAAGAACAUACAAUAGCAAAGCUCCUAUCUCUUUCAAUGGGGAAAAAUAAAAUUCUCAAAAACUGUUCACUAAGCUUACGAUUAAAUUUCAUAUUUGAAAUCACCAAAGAAAUCUGACAACAACUGUAUCAUCUUUUGCUCAAAUAGCGUUAUAAAAAGCUUAUUUCUCAGGCUAGAUCAGCCAGUGCGCAUGCGCAGUCCUGAGCGCACGUCUAAGAACGCUGACUGUUUCUAUAGCAACCGGGACUUCUUACUGCAGCUGCAGUGACACGCUGACUUUACUGAUUAGCCAUUGGCUCUUUCAUCCAGAAGGCGGGGCUUCCUGCGAUUGAGCGGCUAUAUUGUAUUGGCAAGUGAUAUCUGCCACAUCGAAGACUUGCCCUGCGUCCCAGUGUGCAUACUAUCCACCCUAUCUGCCCUAAAUAGUAUUGAAAAUUACUAAUAUCACAUAGAAUUUAGGGUGGAUAGUAUGCACAUUGGGACGCAGGCUUGGAAAAGGAGCAGUCUACCCUUCCGUCGCCGUCAGUCCGUGUCGAUUUUUGAAUGGGAUCGAUAGGGAGGGCAGACGACAAACCCGCGGUGACAUCACUGUAGAAACCAAUCAUAGGCGGCGAAUGUAAGAAAAUUACGUCUGAACUAGGUACGUCACCUGAUGUGUACGUAUUGUCUCCAUGUACGUCGCUUGAAACGAACUUUAAAGUUUGCAGUAGUAGAUGUAUUUGUUAUAGCUAUUUCUUUUAGUUAUUUCCUAACAAAUGUUAAUAGUGAAUAAUAAUUAUAAGUUUAUUUCAUUUUAGAUAACUUUUCUUUUUUGGCUGUUACAUUGGUGUAGGACCGCAAACUAACUGUUCUUACUAUUGUGUUAAAACACGUGUGCACUGAUUCUUCAGCAGACAUAUGAUUUUGGGCAUUGUGCAGUCCCCACAUUUUGGGGUAGCCUGACGGGUUAUUCAUAUUGUUGUUGUUGUUGUGUUUUUUUUUUUUUUAACUUUUUUAAACUUUUUUAUUAUUCAUGUUGAAAUGUUAUAAAAUGUUUGACAACAUAGCCUUUUUUUAACUUGUUCUGGUGCUUUUUGUUAUUCAUGUUGAAAUAUUAUAAAAUGUUUGACAGCAGUAUUUUUAAUACUAACAACAGUAUUUUUUUAAGUCUUCGAAUUAAAUGUUGGAUAACAAUCCAAAUGUACUCUGAAUUUUAUUCUUAAUAUUUUUAGCUGGUAUUGUGAUAAACCAAAACUUCAAAUGAAUUGGUUGGUAAUGAUGAUGAAUUUAAGACAUAGACAACUUGAUUCAACAACAUUCAAUAACACAACAAAGCAAUGCCAAUUUAUCAUUACUAUUGUACUUUAUUCCUGAAAAUGAGCAAGCAGUACAAACAGUGGCUUGAAAUGAUGACAAUUACCAAAAUAGGCAACAAGACAAAAACAUAAAUAAAUGACAGUUUCACUGGAAAAGAGACACAAUAAAAUGGAAAAAUAUGAGUUGUAUUCUAAAUGUUAAUGGUUUCAGAAGUUUUCAAAAUUUUAGUAAAAUAAACCAUUGUGUUUAUCCUACAGGCCAAAAGUCAUAUUUUUAAGGGACAUGGAAAGGUUUUGCGUCUCCAUACAUUUUUAUGUUCUAAAGAAUAAAGAAAGAAAGAAAGAAAGAAAGAAAAAAAAAAUGUUUGGAACAACAUAAAGAUCACUAUUCCUUUAACACUUUGGUACUGUUCAUUUUCAGUUCAUAAAAAAGGUAAAUUCAGGGUAUCCGCGAGGUCUUGACGAGAUCUUGAGCCUCACGAUAUUACAAUGUGUGGAUAUUUCUUGUCGAGGUGAAAAUGUGUCUCGCGAUAUCAGCAUAGUUUGUGGCUAAACAUUUUACAAAGCUUGCAUUAUUUUAUUCUGAAUUGUACUGUUAUCUGUUUGUUUCUACAUCUCCGCAACUCAGUCAACAAACUCAUCUCUGCAUAUGCUAAGAGUUUGGGUUAAGUUCAUCUGUGGACGAAAGGUGGGCUGUUGAAAACAUUUACUGUAUAACAAAUAUUGUAACGCCAACACAAAAUAUUGCAUCAAUAUAGUUCUAAAAUGCAACCUGUCGCAAUCACUGGGCCGCUGGCGUCCUCUGUAGGCAUUUUAAUAAUACAUAUUGUACAUAUGUUUAUUGUUUAUAUGUACCUUUCUUUAUGUAUUUUAACAGUGUUGUUCAAUGAAACCAUGUGAUUACUAGCUUUUGAUGUUUUAUUUAAACCAAUUAUUAUUGCCUCAUCGUUACAGGUAUUUUAAGUCUAUUUUUAAAGACUUAAAGUUUAAGCUACUGUUCAUUUAAGUCUAUCUUUAUUACAUAAAAAACCAAAUCAUCAGUAGAUUGCUCAUUUAACAAAAUAAUCGUUAGUGACAGCCCAAUUUAAAAUGUUUCAAAAUGCGCCUGCAUUGUUUAUACACUUCUUUAAAAAAUUCUAUUAAAAUACUGUUUCAUCACCUUC